UGUUGUAUAACUCCCACAUAACGUGGCGGAACGUAGGAGUGGCUGUCAUUCGCAACUAAUUCAUGCGACGUUUUUGAUUAUUUUCGCUCGAAACUGUAGAUUUUAAAAGUAAUUGAUCUAUUGCAAGCGGAAAAAAUGUCGUCGUCUGGUGAUUUUGGUAACCCUCUUCGGAAAUUUAAACUAGUAUUCCUUGGAGAGCAGAGCGUGGGAAAAACGUCAUUAAUUACAAGAUUUAUGUAUGACAGUUUUGACAAUACUUAUCAGGCUACAAUAGGAAUUGAUUUCCUAUCAAAAACUAUGUACCUGGAAGACAGGACAGUGAGAUUGCAGUUAUGGGAUACUGCUGGGCAGGAGAGGUUCCGUUCUUUGAUUCCUUCAUACAUCAGGGAUUCAACUGUUGCUAUUGUUGUCUAUGAUAUUACAAACGCCAAUUCAUUUCACCAAACCUCAAAGUGGAUAGAUGAUGUAAGGACUGAGAGAGGCAGUGAUGUGAUUAUUAUGUUGGUUGGAAACAAGACGGACUUAUCAGAAAAGAGACAAGUAUCAACUGAAGAGGGAGAGCGCAAAGCCAAAGAGCUAAAUGUUAUGUUCAUAGAGACCAGUGCUAAGGCCGGAUACAAUGUGAAACAGCUCUUCCGACGUGUGGCAGCAGCAUUGCCUGGCAUGGACUCAACUGAGAAUAAGCCACCAGAAGACAUGCAAGAAGUAGUGUUGAAAGACACCCCUAACGAACCCAGAAACCAGGAUGGCGGCUGUGCAUGCUGAAUUCAAGGAUAUUUGCUACUGACAAUUUAAAUCUGACUGUCAAAUUUAUGUGUCUCUUCUGGCCCUUCCCUUUUCCCUGCUGGGUUUUUUAUUUUUUUCAUGUGUUUCAUCCAUGGAAAGUUGUUGUGCUUUUUAUUGAGCAGCUUAUUGUAGGAGUACAUAGUAGGUUGUUUUCUUUCUUUUUAAAAAGAUACUAUUUAUUUAAUUCAGUUUUUAAUGUUGGAUGUUACAUUUAUAAAUAUAUAUCUAUCUGAUCUAUGUAUGUAUAGAUUCAUAUGCAUGUCUGAAUAUUUCGCAAGAUGUUUUGAUGUUGUCUUUCCAUACCAGUCCUGCUUAUACUUUGAAAGUUUUUAUUUUUCAUUACAUAUUUCUUUUCUUACUUUCUAAUGUAUAUAUGCUGUGUUUUCAUUAUUUGACAAGAGAAGAAACAGUACAAGAAUAAGUGACACUUAUUGAAAAGUUAGCAUGUGGUAGUAACAACUUUAAUUAUUGUGCAUCAAUAAUUACCUAACAAAUUAAACCAAAAAUUGAAGAUUGCGAUACUUACCGCACAAAUAGUAACAAUGAAAUGAACUUUUUUUGGAAUAAUUCUGCAACAUUUGCUUUCUCAAAGGACAGAAAUUUUUUGCAAUGACGUAAAUCAACGUCACUGGUCAAAUUUGUGAUAUUGUAAUGUUAUUGUGAUAAAUUAAUGUCGUUUGGGUUGCAAGAUCUGCUCUCAUCAGUCACUGAGCAUGUGUUAAGCUGUGCUGUUAGUUAUUUCAUGCCUCAAUUACCUUUGAGUGAAUUUUGGAAGAUGCUGUAUUGUUUCGUAGACCUUGGUGCUAAUCAGCUAUAUUAGUGUACUGAUUUGUUCUGUUUUUUUCUUUGCAAGGCAAUGCGUUAUCAUUUCAUAAUUCUGUAUUGAUGGAAGGCAGGCACAUGCAAAUUUAUUGUGUUUCUGUUAUGUGAAAUGAGUUUGCACUAGAGCAUGAUGCUAUAUUGAAGUUCCUGUCUUUAGACAGAUUUGCUACCUUAUUUGCUAUUAGAUCAGUUGUUGCCAUUCCUUAGUUAAUUCAGAAAUUUCAUGUGUUAUUUUUAUGAACAAAUAGUCUCAAGCAUACAUGCAGUUGAUUAAGAGUAUGAAAUUUACACAUGCAUUGCAUUAAUCUAACUUUUAGUGUGAAGUUGUUGCUGUUUCUUUUAAUUGCUGCUCAUUUUAGUAGUUUUACUUCAUAGCCCAUUUUGUAAAAAAACUAUAUCACUAUGACAUUUCUGACAAUCACAUUUCUUCGGUCAAAUGCAACAGUAUAUAAUUAUUGACACAUUUUGUGACAUGUUUCCGUAUUGUGAUGGUCAAAAUUCCACUGUUCUGGGGGUAACUAUUGGGCGCUGCCAGUUUGAUGUGGUUUUCGUACUUGAUGAAACAGGCUCCUUUGAUAGGAAAGCUUUAAAGUUUAAGGAAAGAAAACCAAAUCUUUUGUAAAAUCUUUCUUUGCACAAGUUGGCAGUCCAUAGCUCUUCAGGCGCAGUUACAAAAGAGUAUCAGUCAUAUCCAAUGAAAUAAGCAUUGUCCUAAAUUUCCUUUUUCUGCUGAUUAGAUCAACCAAAGAUAUAAAUAGUGCUAUGAAAAAAUUUGAGUUGCUUUAAAUGGGAAUGUGUCAGAAAAUUGUGCCAUCAUCUGUUACAAUUUUUUUCCUCUAGGUGUUGUCAGUGGUGUAUUUGUUGAUUGUGAGGUAUCUUUUCUUGUUUGCUUUUUUUCUAUCUCUUGCUGCAUAUCAAGAUGGAAAUGAACCAUUAGUCUAACAGAGGUGUGUAAUUAGACUGAAAUUUGAUUGCUGGAUCUACUCGCUUAUUUUCCCUGUCCCAUUUGUACAAUAACCUAUGAGUAUAUGUAAUCUAAGAAUCUGUGAUCUAUAUUGGUAUUUUUUAUGUGGUUUCAGUUUUCAUUGCGUACUUAAGACUGGGAAGGUCUCUAUAAUCUAAAUUUGUAGCUUACUUCAUUCCAGUACUUUUCUUUAAAGUUUGUAGCUCCUUUUCCUGUUAAGCAUACACAUUUAAGUGGAAGUGAAGUCUUUACUAAGUUAAAUUGUUGUUCAUACUCAAGCCUAAGAUUAAAAAUCUUCUUUGAUCUAAUUUAAUCUGAAAGGUUCAGGUUUUCCAGUAUUUGGGUUGAGGAAUGAUCUUCUUAACAUGAGCAACUUAUCAAAUUGCUAUAUUAUUAUUGUUCCGUUCAGGUUCUUAUAGUAGUAUGGUUUCUUGUUCUUUGAUCAAUGACAGCAUAAAUAAAUCCUCAAAAUAUCACUAAUUAAAUGAAUUUGUUGUAGGUUUUAUGUAUUACAAAUUUACACAUUUUAUUGUAAGUCGAUUUUGAUCUUGAUAAAAUUCUAAUUUUACAAGUUACCUAACUUCUUUUACAACUGUCAAUCUCAAGUGUGGUGGCUUAACUUAUUCCCUCUUAAUUAUUAAAAAUGCUAACUUGGUCUGGAUGUUGAAUAUUUUUCUACAAAAAGUAUGAUUUUCAUUAAAUUGCAGAUUAAUUUUAGUAUUAGCCUUCUUGGGACUAAAUUGUGUCUUUUUUGGGGCUGUACCAAACAAUAUUACUCGCUACCCCCUUAAUAGUUUAAAACAAUAAAACAUGAUGCCCACUGAUUGUGAGCAUGUGGUAUGGCCAGGCCUUUGUGGUAAAUAUACUUAUGUCAAAUAUUACAAGUUGAAAUAUAAUAUAUGAUAAUUGGA